AUGAGUUUAAAAUUAAAUAUUCAAAGAUGAUUAUUUUCUACAAAUGCUAAGGAUAUCGCGGUUCUGUAUUUUAUUUUUGCUUUAUUUUCAGCAAUGAUUGGUACAGGAUUAUCCGCUAUAAUUAGAUUAGAAUUAGCUAACACAGGAUCACCGUUCUUACAUGGAAAUACUCAAGCAUUUAAUGUAGUGAUCACAGCUCAUGCAAUAUUAAUGAUAUUCUUCUUCGUCAUGCCAGCUUUAGUAGGAGGUUUUGGUAAAAUAAGGUUUAAAUCAGUAAUAAAUUUAACUGAAAAAAAUACAAUAGACUCAGAAUUAAAUAACAAACUAAAUGAAAAUCAAAUUAAUUAUAAUAAUUUAGGUCCAUAUUUAACUGGUUUAAUUGAAGGAAAUGGUACAAUAUCAGUAUCAAAAAAAGAAUUAGGAAAAUAUAAAUAUAAACCAAGUAUAAGUAUAGUAUUUAAUAAAAAAGAUAAACCAUUAUGUAAAUAUUUAAUAAAUUUAACUAAAUGUGGAAUAAUUAAUAAAGAAAAAGGUAAUUAUUUUAUAUGACAAAUAAAUAAAUUAAGUGAAUUUUAUAUUAUUUUAUCUUUAACUAAUGGUUAUUAUAGAACACCUAAAUAUGAAGGAUAUUUAAGGGCUAUAGAGUUUAAUAAUGAUUAUAUUAAUAAAAAUAUAAAUCAUACACAUCCUAAUACUAUAAAUAUUAUAAAUAAUAUAAAGAUAAUUAAAGCUUUACCAUUAGAUAGUUCAAAUAUUGAAUCAAAUUCUUGAUUAGCAGGAUUUACAGAUGCUGAUGGAAAUUUUUCCUUAGCUAUAGAUUCUGGUAGAUUAAGAAUAAACCCAGCUUAUAGAUUAGAAAUAAGACAAAAUUAUAAUAAUUAUGUCGAUACUCAAAAUAAAGGAUUAUAUCCUAGAGAUUAUUUUGAAAUAAUGUCAAAAAUAGGAGCUUAUUUAGAAGUAAAUUUAUAUACUAGAAGUAGAAAUAUGAAUAUAGAUAAAGAAAUAAAAACAUAUCAUUCAUAUAUUAUAAUGACUAAUAGUAUAAUAAAAAAUACUAAUGUUAUAAAAUAUUUUGAUAAAUUUCCAUUAUUAUCUAGUAAGUUCUUAGAUUAUUCUAAUUGAAAAUAUAUGGAUCAAUAUAUAAAAAUUAAUGGGCAAUGUAAAAAUACUUGAGAUUUAGGUCUAAAAUUAAAAAAAGAUUAUAAUUCAACUAGAACAACUUUUACAUGAAAACAUUUAGUUAAUAGUUAUUUAGAACAUUAA